AGUGACGUCAGCACCAACGGAAGACUCCAGCGCUAGGAGAGCAGUAGACGGCAGCUGGUUCAUGACAUGACACAGACCAAAAGAUAUGAUGCUUAGAAGAUCCCUGUCCUUGUGGAACAUCUUUGGCUAUCUCUUUACAUCACUCUAACCCAAGCCCUGCAGUGGAGAGAUUUAUUGCGUUUCUUUUAUGCAAUCAGGGCAGACUUCAGUGUGAACACGGGGAGAGACAGAGUGCAUGUGCACCUGGCCCAUGGGGAACAGUCAGCCCCAGGCACUUGAAGGAGAACAGAUGCUUCCCUAACUCAAGUCGCUGUCUCCUGACAGCUGAACAUUCUAGAAGCAACCUCUAAGGAGAGAAUGAAUUCUAAAAGAAUGCUGUUAUUGGUUUUAUUUGCUUUUUCACUGAUGUUGGCUGAGCGUUAUUUCAGGAAUCGCCGAGUAGAAGAACUUCGGCUCUCAGACUGGUUUCAUCCUAGAAAACGCCCUGAUGUUAUAACGAAAACAGACUGGCUCGCUCCCAUCCUAUGGGAAGGGACUUUCGACAGGCGGGUCCUGGAAAAACAUUACAGAAGGCGGAAUAUCACUGUGGGCCUGGCCGUCUUUGCUACUGGCAGGUUUGCAGAGGAGUACCUGAGGCCGUUCCUACACUCCGCAAAUAAGCACUUCAUGACAGGCUACCGAGUGAUCUUCUACAUCAUGGUGGACGCCUUCUUCAAGCUGCCUGACAUAGAGCCCAGUCCUCUUCGAACGUUCAAAUUAUUUAAAGUGGCCACCGAGAGGUGGUGGCUCGAUGGCCCCCUGGUGCAUGUGAAGAGCCUGGGUGAACACAUCGCCAGUCACAUCCAGGAUGAGGUGGACUUGCUCUUCAGCAUGGCUGCCAACCAGGUCUUCCAGAACGAGUUCGGGGUGGAGACCCUGGGCCCGUUGGUGGCCCAGCUCCACGCCUGGUGGUAUUUCAGAAACACCAAGAACUUCCCUUACGAGAGGAGGCCGACCUCAGCAGCUUGCAUCUCGUUUGGACAGGGGGAUUUCUAUUAUGGCAGCUUGAUGGUUGGUGGCACACCCCAUAAUAUUUUAGACUUCAUCAAAGAAUAUCUGAACGGAGUUAUUCAUGACAUCAAAAAUGGACUCAAUAGCACCUAUGAAAAGCACCUUAACAAGUAUUUUUACCUCAAUAAACCCACCAAGCUGUUAUCACCAGAAUACAGCUGGGAUCUUGCAUUUUCUCCUCCUCCACAGAUCCAAUACGUCAAGGUCGCACAUGAUUCCCAGAGGAAAUUAUGAAUUAUGCCAUUAGGUUUAUGACGAAUAAAUGAAUCACGGCAAUUUCUUAUAAAUGAGGGAAGUCUUAAAACCUUCCAUUUUUUAGAGACAUACAAAUUUACAUCCUUCCCAAAUAAAUGUUUCUUUUUCCCAUUUUGAGCCAUCUUAUUUGGCUAAUGUAGGAUAAAGAAUAAAAGGAUAAUUACUUAAUGUUAAUACACAGUAAUGUUAUUAUCUAUGUAUUGUAGACAAUGUGAAAAUACAUUUGACAUAGAAUGAAUAUUUUUAAUGGAGAAAGACUCUAGUUGAGAAAAAACAUUCAUAAAAGGGAAAAGUAGUUCACACAAAGGAAAAAAUAAAUGCCAGGCCACUCA